CUUCUUAUUAGAUUCUUUAUUGAUAAAGUCAAAGACGACGUGAAUCCUCAAAUCGCAUUUCCGAUUAAAUUCUGUUUCAUCUUUCGCACACACACGGAUGAAUUUAUUCAAUACCUAUAUAGAAACUCUUAUCAUUUAUCUAAGUAUCUCGAUUCGAUCGGUAUACAGGAGAAAUUUAGUGUGAUGGUGUCUUGUUGGCGGAUAGCACAUAGGUUGUAGUGCUCGGGUCUUAGGGCCAAUUCACACUCGCUUAUUUAACCUCGUUAUUUUAUCACCAUGAUCAGAAAUAAAGUUAUGGUAACAGCAGGUGUAGUCACACUGUUGCAAGCUCUAGGACAAUUUUUCUUGGCCGCCCUGGGCCUGGCGCAAUAUUUCUGCGUGAUCGACUUUAUGAGGGGGAUCCCACUUAUGCUCUACAUCCGGAUAUUGUACUUUCACAACCCAGGCCCUUGCGGUGCAAGAAUCAAUAUUGGUGAAUCUAUCGACAGCAUCACAAACCAAGCGUUCGUGCUGAUCACCCAGGAGUCAAUGCCAGUUUUCCGAACAUUCAUUAUAAACUGCACAUCCCUAGGUCUGUGUGUCCUAUGGAUCUUUUCAAGCAUCUGUAUCAUCAUGGGAGGAGGCAAGAACGACCGAAGGAAGAUAGUGCGUCUUCCAUGGGUUAUCAUUACGCUAGCCAUUUGUGUGCUAGAUUUAGUGGCCACCGUCAUUUACGCUAAUGAUUCCUUCCACACUAGGACAUUAUCAGACAUUAUGGAGUUCGUGAACGGCGUGGCGAGCGGGCUGGCAGGGGCUGAACUGGACACGCAGUGGGCGUCGUGGGUUAUGGUGCUGCUGUAUUCCCGGCUGGUGGUGCUCUUCGCGGCCAACCUGUUGCUGCUGGUGUUCGUCAUUGUCGACUGCAACGCCGACCGACGCAUCGAGGUCGACACCGGGGUUCAAGUGGAAGCGCCCACGAUCUCCAAUCACACGAGCACCAUAGACAAGGAUAUAGAGACGGAAAGUCUGACGAGCAACCCUGCGCGUAUACCGAGACCCGGUCUGUCCCGCUCCUUCCGCAGGAUGAAGGAGUUCCUGUUCAAGAAGCCCUCCCCUCCCCCCGCCCGGACCCUGUCUAAUGCAGACUCAAUUAGUGAAACGCCAGACAGAUCACCACGAGCUCAGCAUGUCAACAUCGAUAAGAAGACUGUGAAUUUUCCUGACAAUUUAUUAUCUCUUCCUCAACGCCUGGAAAACCUGAUCGCUGAGCAACAGCGGAGGCUGGACAAGGCAGUGAUUGACACUUCAGGCCGGCUCAGUCCGCCGCGCGCCUCGCAGUCCAUGCCACAUCUCAACCUCGCCUCCACCUCCACUCAAGAUAACCAGGGACGAGGCACCGCGGUGGAGCUGCAGGGCCAGUUGCCCUGGGCGUACAUCCCGGCGUCCGCGCACCGCAUGCGGGACCAGCUGCCGCCUGACGAGGAUUUGCCGCCCGUACCGCUGCCCGACUAUACCGCCAUUCAGCCCUUCAGAAAAGCUUCUGUCCACAGAGCAGCCUCCAGUCUCAGCUCGCUUAUACAGAAACGAGAAGCUCUGGGUCAAUCAAGAGCUACACUAACCCAAUCGGACGUUUUAUACUGAACUGUGUUGAAAUAGUGAGAUAUCGUUAAAUUAAAAGUAACUUAAGUAAGUGCAAGUCAAAUGUCAUACGAGUAUAUAACCUGCCUGAUUGACAAGAGACGCUAAGAUCACGAACCGAUUCUUUACUGGAUAGGUAUGUACCAUGCGGUCAGCAUUGAUAUUGUUAUUAUUUCACUUAUUAUUACUAAGUUGCGGUCGAUGGAAUGCAUAAGAAGCCAUCCAAAAGCAGCCAUCAUAACCUAGGGUAAGGUAGUCAGCCACAUUGUUAAACGAUAUCGUUUAAUUAUAUUUCUACGUGGCAUUUUGUAAAAAGGCAAUUUUUUUAAUAUGGCUGCGAAUGACAUAGAUGUCGUGGAUCGUGAAAAAGAUAAAAAGAAAAAAUCAUGACGCAUGCCCUGAAUAAAUAGGUGUACCUACACUUCAAAAAUUCGUAAAGUUUGCUUUAUGAAUUUAAAUUGUCUGCUUUAUAGUUUUAAGCAAAAUUUAUGGCAAUAGGUUAAGAAUUAAGAUUUUUAAUUCAAAAAUUAAGAUUUGAUUUAUAUCGAACCAAGACAAUGAUGUCUUGGUUAUUUUUUUCUUCCAUAAAGUUAUUUCUUUGUAAAGAAAACUUAAAUCUGUAGUUGACUUAUAAGAAUUCGCACUAAUUUACAUAACUACUAUCUAUUUGAUAAUUUACUUUUGUAUUCAUCAAAAAUAAAUUUAUCUAUUGAUAACGACUGCUAAAAAUAAAAAUUGACUGUUAAAAAAACAUAACUGUGAAAGUAAAAUGAUGAUCCAUAUCUAUAUGUUUAUACUUAAUAAACAUUCAACGUCUUUUCCUAUCUAUUCUUGGUAAUAGAAGGUAAUAUAAGAUCAUUAAUUUUUACAAGUUUUAUUUAACUUGCAAUGUACUUACUUGUAACUCGUCUCGGGUGUAAUCUCAACUCAAUUUUGAAGCAGAUAUCUUCACCUGAUUGAGCUGAAAUUUGGUAUACACGUUUAGUUUGAAUAAUUGCAUUGUUAUGUUAAACAUGGUCUGAUGCACCUAGGAACAGCUUCAAGCGUGGGAGCUCCUCAACGCUUUACUGCAAGAUUUUUGUCACAUAUUGAACCCAGUAUGAUAUCUCUGACAACAAUCAAAGCUUGUGUCAAAAAUGGCUUACAUUGCACAUUUACUUUGUUACUUUAUAAAUAAUGUCUAAUAGCGUUAAAUAGAAUAAGUUUGUACAAAUUAAAUAUUUUAUACGUAAUAUUUUGUUAUUAUCUUCUGACUCUUCCCAAUAUCACAUUCAACUAUUACUGCUAGGUACCAUUAGUGCUUCGUUCAUAAUAACACAUGUAUCACACUAUUCCUCAUGAAUCACACUAUCUAUUGGUGAAAACCGUACAAAAAUCGGUAGUUUAAAGGUGAUCUUCUUUUUAUAAUACUUAAUGUGCAAAAUGAUCGAAAUUCACAAUAUGUAAUGAAAAAGAUAGAGGCACCUAGGUACGUAAAGUACACAAUAAUGCUAAAUUUUAGUGAUAUGAGUCACAUCCAUUUCCGCAAUUUGAAAGAUUAUAAUUAUCAUUGUAAUUAUGAGUAAAGAAGGAAUACCUGUACGUACCUACGUAUAUGAUUAUACGACUCCCUUUAUUUUUAUCAAACCAAAUACAUAGCUGUCCAGCGUCCAUGUCGUGUCAGGUCAAAUUUAAGUAAAUGUAAAUAUGCGGGUAGGUAACUUAUUUUUUUGAUUUGAAUAUCUAUAGCAACUUGAAAUUGUUCUGUCACUCGAUCAAUUGUGCGCAAUCACUAGAUCUUGAUGAUAUUAAAAUUUUGUCAGAUGGGUCUAUAUACCUAGGUAUAGCUCAUACAAAAUCGAAAUUCUUGACAUUUUAAUAUCAACACAGGAUUGCGUCGCUUUAAAUUUAAGUAAGUACCAACUAGUAGGUACUAAGUAAUGAAGAAGCUGUUCACUCCAAUCUCCAGAUAUUUCAAAAAAGGUAUCCGAGUAGAUAGUACGCGAAUUAAUACUCAUAUUCAAAGAUAACAAUUAUCACGACGCGAUUAACACAUCGAUUCGGAGCCCCUUCAGACACGCACACUGGACGGAUUAUGACGUGUUUUCGAGCCAGGAA